AAGUAGAAGAAGAAGAACCACAACAACAACAACAACAAUCCAGGAUGGAGACCGUAAAUGCUGGAAACACGAUGAGUUUAGCAGCUCUACAGAGACAAGACCCGUACAUUAACAAACUGCUAGAUGUUACCGGCCAGGUGGCUCUGUAUAACUUUAACUCCAAAGCGAAUGAAUGGGAGAAGACCGAAAUCGAGGGGACCCUGUUUGUUUAUGCGAGGUCAGCCUCGCCUUACCAUGGCUUCACCAUCAUGAACCGCCUAAGCACGGAGAACCUGGUGGAGCCGAUCAACAAAGACCUGGAAUUUCAGCUGCAGGAUCCUUUCCUGCUCUAUAGGAAUGGCAACUUGGGUAUCUACAGUAUUUGGUUCUAUGACAAGAGGGACUGUCAACGCAUCGCUCAGCUGAUGGUCAAGAUUGUGAAACAAGAAGCAGACCUUGCCAGAAGAGAGUCGCCAGAGAGUAACAUCUGUGUUGCAGAGCCACGGUCCUUAGACAUCCUGGAGCUGCUAAGCAAAGCCAAGGAGGAGUACCAGAGAGCUCAGGAAGGUGAAACGGAUGUCUCUGCAGAACAGAAUGUGAAAGCAGCUAUAAAUGCACCUGAACAGGUUCCCCGCAAAGUACAACCUGAAAAGAGCUCUCAUACGAUGGUGAAGCAGAUCACUGUUGAGGAACUUUUUGGCUUAUCCCUGCAUAAGGACCUUUCUUCAACCACUGCAUCUGUCCAGCCCACUACCAGUGCUUCUAGUGACCCCUCAACUUCAUACCUCCAGAAUCACUCCAAUUCCACUCCAGCCCAUCAAAACCCACUCCCCAAUCCCCAUCUCCCAGCUCCAGAUGCCAGGUCAAAUCAGCAACACCAAGCCCCCAGCCUGCUCCCAGCUCAAUACGCUAUACACCCCAACCCGGUGUUCCCCAGAGUGCCACUGGCAGCGUGUACAACCUACAUGGGAAAGGAGAUACUCGGCACGUUAAAACCAGCAGCCCCAUCUGUAAACAUUGACAUCCACAAACAGAUCAUUGCACCAAACAUUCUGCCAAGUGCGCUGUUCCCACCAAACAGCUUUCAGGAGCCCAUAGGAAAACCCCUUCUCCAGCACGUCAAGAAGAUGGAUGUUUUCUCUCAGCCUUCAAACCUAAUAAAACCGUUGUCUACUGUGCCCAUGAGUCCAGAUCUGGCCUGCGUGGGUUCGGAGAUUUCUGUGCUUCUUUCCCCCAGUGCUUUCCAGCAGUCCAUCAAUAAGACAACAUCAGUAACAUCAGGGGUCCCUCCUGCACCUGCUGAGCCCUCCUCCUCCUCUGUAGGUGUUGUAGAGCCUCCAAGAGCCCCCUGCAGCAAGACACUAUUACAGGAGACUCUUCUUCAUCUAAUUAAGAAUGAUGCAGAUUUUCUUGGUGCCAUUCACGAUGCUUACCUGCAGACCCUGACAAAGAACUUCAGCAACAUGAAAGUAUAGCCAUCUUUAACCACCACAUCCCAACUGUUUAUUUCCCCUGAAGCCCAUUUCAAAACCUGCAAGGAAUCUACAAGUGAAUGGACAUUAACAGAAAUACAGAUACACAUUUUUUUAUGUACUCAUCAACUCUUCACAAAUAACUUAUGUUCAGACAGCUGUUAAGGCGUGCAUUAGCACCAUGUCACUGAUGCAGUCCUGGACACUCUUAAUAACAUGGAUUGAAUAUGUUGAAGAGCAGGAUGAGGUAAAACCUCCCUGUGCAGACAUGAAUAUGUAUUUUUUUUCUUCAUAACUAUGAUCAAACUCUCAGCCAUAACACGUUUAACUGUUGCUGGUUCACUUGAGGAUGGGACCACAGUUCAGCUUCUUUAUCCUGAGACAGACAUACAGUACUGGCAUUGAACAAUAUUUGAUUCAGAAACUCCACUUUCCCA